AUGGCGUCAAAUGAACAGGUCUAUAGACAGGUAGCCAAAAAGAGAUGUCCACGUACCUGUAGUGUAGAGCUAGAAAAGAUAAAUAUCAGUCCACCUAGGAAAAAACAAAAGAAAUAUACUAGAUUCAUGUUUUAUGGCUGCAGUAGCCCUUCUGUAGUUUCUUCAAGUUCUACCACAUUACCAGACUAUUAUCCUCAGAAGAAACAUAGUUCAGAUUUCCUGUCUGGAUAUAAAAUUCCAAAAAAGAAAGCGUUAACUUCAAAUUCUAGUUCAAUGAAGAAAACUACGAAAAAUAACACAUGCUCUGAAUGUAGCAGUGAAGAUUCAGAUGCUCCCAGUACCUUAUGUGUUCCUUCUACCUCCAAAGAGCUAUCACCAUGUAAACAGUCGUCAGAUACUAAGAGUAAAAGUGUGAUCAUUAGUCGAGAUAUAACAAAUGAAAGAGAGAUUCUUCCUAUUCCUGUCAUAAACGAAGUUGACAAUACAAAACCCCCAGAUGACUUUUUCUAUGUAACACAUUCUCGUGCUAAUGAAGUGUAUUACCUGGACUCGAACACUGUUGUAUAUUGUGAAUGCAAAGAUAACUGCUUUUCUAACACAUGUCCCUGUGGUAAGGAUAGUGUGAAGUGCUGGUAUGAUAAGGAUGGAAAGUUGAUCAACAAAUUUUUUCAGUUGAAAAUUAUGCCAUUGAUCUUCGAAUGCAACAGAUAUUGUCAUUGCGGGUUGAAAAGCUGUAAAAAUCGUGUUGUACAGAAAGGCAUACAGUAUCAGCUGCAGUUAUUCAAGACACCUCAUAUGGGAUGGGGUGUCAGAACAGUACAUAUGAUAGAAAAGGGUUCAUUUGUUUGCGAGUAUGUUGGAGAGUUGGUGACAGAUAAGGAAGCUAACCACUGUAAUGACAACUACUUAUUCGAUCUCGAAAAAAAUAAGGACCGUGAUGCUUUCUGCUUAGAUGGUACUACAUAUGGUAAUAUAAGCCGCUUCGUUAAUCAUUUUUGCAAUCCGAACUUGAUUCCCAUUCGAGUGUUUGUAGAACAUCAGGAUCUGAAAUGCCCACGCAUUGCCCUAUUUGCCAUUAAAAACAUUAAACCCUUUGAGCAACUAGGGUUUGACUAUGGUGAAAAAUUUUGGUCAAUUAAAAACAGAUAUUUUUCAUGUAAAUGUGGUUCUUCAAAAUGUAAAUAUCCAACCAUAUCAUCCAGCAGUUCUUCAUCGGAUGUAGAUUAA